AUGCUUCAGGUGAACUCAAGUGAGGGGGAAGAGAUCCCCAAUGGCGCUCGACUCUUGUCAUUUCGCAUGAUUUCAGAAACCCAUACUGCAAGGAUUCUAGAAAUGGGAACAACACGGACUAAGAGCGGAGUCGACAACACCAGGCGAGGGGAGCCAGAGGACACAAGCAGCCGCCGGGUGGGAUGGUCAGAGCUUCGAGGCGAGCAAUGGACGCGGCGUGGGUUGGCAGUCCUGGUAGUAACAACGAUUAACGAAAUAUUGGAGCCGAAGAAGAUGUUCGCAAGAUUGGGUUUGGCUCUCAGCCGCCUGGAGGACAACGCGUCGAAGGAAAUCCACGACCCGGAGGACCGUCAGCGAACGAGGAAUCCACAUCCAGACAACGACAGUCCAUCGAGUUUACUCUCCUGCUGUGCAGGUGGCGUUGCAAUCAUCGGGAACGCCAUUCGUCGUGAUGGUAUCGGGCAGGCAUUCGACGAUCGCUUCCGAAGUAGCGGCGGCAAAGAUGAAGCUGGAGGAAGGUGGAAUCUUCCGCCUAAGGAUCAGUUCGCCGUCGGAUGA